AUAGCAUCGACGCGCGCGCCGGCACAACAGAUGGUCCACUACUACAGACCGGAGGAGCGCACGAAUUCCCCCCCCCCUCCCUUUGCACAAGUACUUUCAUUUCUCCGAACUUGACAGGGACGUUUUUUAGUGUUCUAUAGGAGCAGAGGGGGGAAGUUCUCCGGGGGACAAAGUCGACCUCGACAGUCACUGGAUCGUACAGUCACAGGCGGAAUUUGGUGUCAAGGUCAGGAGUGGCCAUGCCAUUUGGCUGUUUAACAAUCGGGGAAAAGAAGGAUUAUCACAAUCCUUCAGACGUGACGGACAAAUAUGACCUGGGUCAGGUCGUUAAAUCGGAGGAGUUCUGUGAGAUUUUCAGGGCCAAGGACAAAACCACGAUGAAAAUGUACACGUGUAAAAAGUUCCUAAAGAAGGACGGAAGGAAAGUCCGCAAGGCUGCCAAGAAUGAGAUCGUCAUCUUAAAGAUGGUGAAGCAUCCCAAUAUUCUCCAACUGGUGGACGUCUUCGAGACCAAAAAAGAGUACUUCCUUUUCCUUGAACUAGCAACAGGCAGAGAGGUGUUUGACUGGAUCCUGGAUCAAGGCUACUACUCAGAGCGAGACACCAGUAACGUGGUGCGCCAGGUGCUGGAGGCGGUCGCCUACCUCCACUCGCUGCACAUCGUUCACAGAAACCUCAAGUUGGAGAACUUGGUUUAUUACAACCGAUUGAAGCACUCUAAGAUAGUCAUCAGUGACUUCCACCUUGCCAAGCUGGAGAAUGGACUGAUCAAAGACCCCUGUGGGACACCAGAGUACCUGGCCCCUGAGGUGGUUGGCAGGCAGCGAUAUGGCAGGCCUGUUGACUGCUGGGCUACAGGUGUCAUCAUGUACAUACUGCUGUCGGGCAACCCUCCUUUCUACGACGAAACCGACGAUGACGACUAUGAAAACCAUGACAAGAACCUGUUCCGAAAGAUCCUCGCAGGCGAUUAUGAGUUUGACUCUCCAUACUGGGAUGAUAUCUCGGACUCAGCUAAGAGUCUGGUUGCCCGUCUGAUGGAGGUGGAUCAGGACCAGAGGCUGACAGCCCAGGAGGCUAUAAACCAUGAAUGGAUCUCUGGUGGCGCGGCUUCAGAUAAGAACAUCAAGGAAAAUGUGUGCGCACAAAUAGAGAAGAACUUUGCCAGAGCUAAAUGGAAGAAAGCAGUGCGAGUCACCACCAUCAUGAAGAGAUUGAGGGCGCCUGAGCAGAGCAACUCGAGGGCAACCAGCCCUGCAGCUGGCUCCCCGGCGGACCCCGCGGACCCCCAGGCUGCCGCCGACCCCUCCGCACCGCCGCGUGGCGCGUGUCCCGGCGAAGCGCCUGCUGCGGCCACAGAGCUCCCUGCCGGAGCUGAGAUGAGCCAACCGGCGGCGGAGGCCUCACCUGAGGUGUCGGCCCCGGCCCCCGAGCCACCGCCGCAGGGCCCGGCGCCGCAGGAGGCCGAGCCGGUGCGUUGCAAUGGAGAAGCCUCGACUACUCACAACGCAUCGGCCGAGGCCGGGGACGAGCAGGGUUAGACCCCCGACCCCACCUCCCCGCGUGACCACUGCUGUCCUCACCAAGUCCCGCACACUGUACAUUAGCUGCUAGCACGGUGACACUGACUCUGCUUCUCUCUCACUCUGCAGCAUUAGCAUCAUCUGAUGGAGGCUGUGUGCUACCUUUCCCGAGUGCUGCGUUGCAUCGGCUUUCUCUAUUAACGUAUUGUGUCUUUUUUUUACCGACCCCCCGGUGUGUUGUGUCGGAUUAGACGAACCGAGUCUAUCCCCGCGUAUUUGAGUUUUAGGGGCAGAGAAAGAUUUGCUCCUAAAAGGUGCGGCUUACAUCCUAAGUUCACUUUCUAAUUCUUCUCUUGGUGAUAAGAGAAAAUGGGAAGAAGUGGUUGUGCUGAAAACGGCUUUGAUUCCCUUUUAACGAACCAACUUGGGAAACUUCUCUCUGCCAGUCUUGUAAUUACAGUAUUUGUUCUCAGAGUCGGUAUAAUUUUUUUUUGCUUCGCCCUAAUUUUUUGGACCUUGUACCAUAAUAGCCUACUCAGUAAGUUCUGGCCCCUCACACGGAAAGUAUGCUCAUCUUUCCUACCUGUUUUUGUCAACACUAACCAGUUAUUGUGCGUCAGACAAUGCUGAAAUUGGUGACUGGGAGUUUUUUUUGUGUCCAGUACUAAGAGUUGAAUUAGGCAGCUUCACAUAUAAGCACACAUACACACAAACACUAUGUUCCUUUGCUUAACUUCCUGCUCAGGAAAAGAACCUCAUAGCUGUAAGUGUAAAGAUUAUGUACAUAGAGACCUUUGUAGAAGUAGCCAAAACAGCAUGCAUUCUCACUUUUUUGCCGUUCAUUUUGCAUUUACUACUAAUGGUGGAUAAUGAACACUCUCGCCUCUCGCCACAAGCCAUGUUGAGGCGAAUGUAUUUGUAUCUGUAAUCUAUUAUUACAGAUCGGUGAGCGCCCCUGCUAUCAGUUUGACUUAUAUGAAAAGGAAAUUAAAGAGACAGUCAUUACAUAGAAGAUCUAUGCAUUCAAAUUGAUUUGUAGCCUUUUUUUUUUCUUCUUUUGCAACAUCACAGUAGUGUUUAUGUCAUCUUUAUCCAUCACGUGACAAAAAAAAUACUGUCCAUGUUUUUGUGAGAUAUCAGUCUAUCUGUGCGUCCUUUGAUUUGAUCACAUCCUUUGUGCAAGGACACGGACUCAAAUGCCACACACGUCUUGAUAUUUGGUUGUGAUUCCGGCACAAGACAAAAUGUGCAUUGAAAGACCACAUGCGGCUGUCAGGGGAAGACGUGAUCAUUUGGACUUUGUGGUAACUGGGAUCGUCUUCGCCAGCUCCGUUUCGUUGACCUGUAUUAUACUGAGAAAAGAAAAGUAUGACACGUGUUUGACAUUUCAGAACUUAUUUAUUUGUUUAUUAUUUAUCUAUUUUUUUAUUUCCAUAUAUUUUCAGCUUAUACUUGCUACCCAGUAAUAACAAACUAUCCUUUCUUUUCGCUGGUCCCCUUGAGCAUUAAUAAUGAGCUACAGAAGGAGUUCUCUUUAAUCACUCUAAGGAAAUUGAGCAAUAUUUGACUGGCUGCAGAAACUGUGAUUCCCGGUGUCAUUUUAAAUCCGUGUACCUGUCAGUAAAAGUCUACAGUCUUUGCAAGUCCCCUUGGGCAACUUAACCAACACAUGGCUGCUGUCAGAAAAGUGUGUGUGUGUGUUUGUGUGACAACUGUCAGAUAAGCAUUACGGGCAUAUCGAUCUCCUGACCUGUAAGACCCAACAUUUUUUCCUGCGCUAAAAUCGCAAUUGAUAUCAAUUAAUUCCCAAGUUACACAAAGACAGCAGCCACAUUUUCAACAAAAUGAUUCGAUUAUAUAAUUAAAGUGUAUCACAUCAUUCGGCUGAUGCUCGGCCACAUUAUCCGUCUCUUCCCAAUCUGUUGUCAAGCGUACUUACUGGGCACACCUGUGAAUUUAACAUGAAAAGGUGCAUUUCAUGAAAAAAAAUGGGGAGAAAAAUAAUCACUUUAAUUAUCUGAUGACUCUCAAGUUUGACUUUGUUGUCGCCGAGUCUUUUAUUCCCUCAGAUUUCUCCGUUUGAUAUGUGCUGAGGUAGAUUUGGUAUACACAACAGUCAGUCAGCUUAUACAUACUACAUUAUUUCCUACAUUGCUGAAGAUAGAUAUUUAGAUUUUAACGAGAAGCUUAAGCAACAGAGAUUUUUAUGUGAAUAGAUUAUUCCAUGUAGUCCGUUCUCUUUGUUAGAUGGCGAAUAAACACUGUUUAAACACUGUUACACAAUUCAAAGCAAUGCUUUUCCCCCCAAUACAUUGCUCAUCGUAUUUAGUACUACAUGUCUGUUCAUUUUACCACUUACAGGUGUAUUUGUAGAUGUGAUGUUUGCCAGGACCAGUGGUCACCUGUGGGUCCUGUCUUGCAUUCGUGAUGUCUGUACCGUACUCCUUCACUGAGUUGAUGAAUUUGAUGGUAAUAAAAUUUAAUUCAUCCGUAA